AUGGCCAGCAACACCACCCCGAAAGCGAACUCUCCCGCGGUCCUCUCGGCGCCCCCGGGCUUUAGGAGCCGCCAUGACUCCAUCAACUCAAUAUCUACCGCCUCGCAGGCCGAUAAAGACCAGCUGGCCCAUACUCUCAACCGGAUACAUACGUCAGCGAGCCAGUCCGACUCUCUGACAACCUUCAACGAUUUCGCUCCGCCUCCCGCCUCCCUCCCCGCGACGGAAACCAAGGCGCUGACUGGCGAGCUGGUUCAGAACGGGCUCAGUGGUCUGUAUAGUCGCCUGAAAGAGGCCGUCGGUGCCGUUGGAGCAAGGACACAGGAUACGGAUGAUGCCGACAGUUUCGACGCGGCGUCGAAGCGUAGCACUAGCACGGUCACCUCGACCAAGACUCCGGCAGCCUCCCUUGCUCGCGUCGAGAGUGCUGUUACGAGCUCUUCUUUCAACUCUAAUGAUGGGCCCAUGACGGCGACCACCUCUUCGGGAGUAAAUACCGCCAUGUCGGAUAGCCAGUCUCAGCCCCCUCAGUCCUCCAAGGCUACCUCCAUAUCUGCCAUGACAGCAUCCAAGUCAAGCACCUCGAGCCGACAAAGUAUGCCCAGUGUUGCCAAAGCGUCAGCAGUCACGGCUAUCAACCCGGAGGUCGCGCCCGCCACGGCGACAAGAAGCCUUCCACUUGCAGAAGACGGUCCUAGUCGGUCAUCUGGCAGGCGCAGCAUCAGCAAGCCUGAUCCUCGGCCACUUGUCAUAGGCUCCGACAGCUCCCAUAAGUUUGACGUUCUCGAGCCCAAGCCAACCGCCGCCAUAGAUCGAAGCCAUGCAAGCUCCCGGCUGGUAGGCGUUGAUGGACCUGCUGAAAAGCCUCUGAGCCCUAUCAAGGCCAACGCUCCGCCGCUACCUAAGUUGCAAACGACGGACCCUCGAUCACCAGUGUCUUCGGCUGCAUCAAUGCUUAUCGCGCCUAAGCGACCGGCGGUUAUUGAUCGAAUCAGCCGCUCAAGAUCGCCUGGGUAUGCGCCUUCAAGAUCAUCGUCUAUGGAGCAUGUCACCGCGGAGCCAAGCCCAAUCAGCACCUCGGCACACGAUUCAGUGUAUCAUGACUCUUUCGCUCACGACUCUCAACCGAAGCAUGGAAGGACUGGGGUACUCCGAAUUCCUGGGACAACAACUAAUGAGGGCGCGCCAGAGCAAGUCAAUGCCAGGCUCGAUCGUAUGCGGCGACAAGUGCUGAGCAAGGAAUUCUGGAUGGCGGACGAAACGUGCAAAGAGUGCUUCAUCUGUGGCCAGCCGUUCUCGGCAUUCAGGCGGAAACACCAUUGCAGAACUUGUGGCUGCAUCUUCGACUCCAAGUGCACUUCCAUCAUUCCGGCCUCAAAGUUUGGAAUGACUGGCACUCUGCGAGUAUGCAAAACAUGUCUGAAAGUCAUCAACCAGCGGCUUUACGAAGGAAGCGGCUCUGAAGACUCUGGUGAUGACUCGUUUCUGCCGGCUAUUUUCCGACAAACCAAGGCGACCCCCAAGGUCACGCAAGCCGAAGCUGAGGUUGAAGAGCCCAGUUUUGCGGACAAGAUGGAGGGCUUGAAUGACGCCAGAUCUGUUCAGACCCCAAUGAUGGCCAUUCCUGCCACCAGACGAAUCAACGACUCGAACAGGAACUCUGCCAUUCUUGAGAUUGAUGCGCCGCAACUAAGUCGUCCGAGCUCGUCUCGCUCACUCAGAUCUCUGACCUCCGCGAACCGUCCGCAGUCGUCAGGUCACAAGCGCCAUCAUUCAAAACAUCACAAUAACUUCCUAGCACGCUUUAAACCAAUGCCAGCGCCAGAUGUUAACAGCGCCCCCUUCCGCAAAGGCAUUACCGAUGAAAUGACCAAGAAACCAAAGUACCCGGCAUUUCAUGAUGACAAUAUCAUCGACCCAGAGUUGGCUGCCUACAUGUCAGACGAGUCCAGUGGUGACGAGCAGAUGAGCAUAUUUGCUACAAUGUCAAGUGCUGAUCUGCAGCCGUCAAGUUACGAUCACGAAAAGUCCAGUUUUGGGCCAUUCUUGAGCGCGGGCAGGAGACACAGGCUCGGCCGAGGAGAAAAAAGUGUCAGUGGCUUGAGUUUCACGAGUCGAGGAAUGGAUGACAACGCCGGCUCCGGUAGCCUCAUUGGCCAUGGUCGGCCAGCAAGGAGACGCAAUCUCAGCAAUGUGAGCCAUCAAAUGCGGUCUCCACGUCCGAAAUCUGGAAUAUUCAAAGGACCCUCGGCAUCUAACGAAAAUGUCUUCACUAUCGAGAAUCCCGCCAUAGAAGCUACUAAGCUGACCAGGAGCGACUCCAUGCAAGAUGACAAGCAGCCGCAGGUGGAGCUGAACCCGUCGAGCAUGCUCCAUGUGAAGAAACUCCUACAUCAGUUGCUCGAAGAUUCAGGAAUCCCCAACGUACCCGCUUGGGAAAGGGCUCUAGUUCCGAUCUUGCUUCAAUGUACGGAUGACGUUACGCCCGACAUUAGGGCUGGCGACGAUAUGGACAUCCGCCAUUACGUCAAACUCAAGAAGAUUCCGGGGGGCAAGCCAGGCGACACCAGCUACGUCUCCGGCGUUAUCUUCACCAAGAACCUCGCCCUGAAGAGCAUGCCUCGACGCAUCAUCAACCCACGUAUUGUCAUCGUGUCGUUCCCUAUCGAAUACCAGAGGCACCAACAGCAUUUCAUGAGCCUCCAACCAGUCAUCGAACAAGAAAAGGAGUUCUUGCGAAUCGUCGUCAAUCGCAUCAUCAAUCUGCGCCCUCAGCUACUGCUCUGCGAAAAAUCUGUUUCUGGCGUUGCUUUACAGUAUCUUUCUGAGGCUAAUAUCGCGGUUGCGUACAACGUGAAACCGUCAGUGAUUGAAGCCGUUUCGCGGUGUGCGGAAACAGACAUCAUUUCUUCGCUCGACAUGCUCGCCUUGCAGGUCCAGGUUGGAAGGUCUGGCGGCUUCGAGGUCAAAACCUACGUCAACAAGAGCUAUCCGGGCAAGAAGAAAACAUACAUAUUUUUGUCGGGCUGCUCCGAGAAGCUUGGCUGCACCAUCGCCCUCCGUGGGGACUCUACUGAAGUCUUGUCAAAGAUGAAGAAGAUCACGGAGUUCAUGGUCUACGUCGUCUACAACUUGAAGCUGGAAACAUGCUUGAUGCGAGAUGAGUAUAUCCAACUGCCCGCUGAGAUCGAUGAAGCAUCUUCAUUGGCAUCAUCCCUUCGUCAACCUCCGGAGGAUGCUCCGCGAUCUCUAAGCGCGUCCGUUGAGAGCGCCAAGCAGGAUGCUGCAGUUGUCAGUACGUCGACCCCCGAGCUGCCUUCUCAGACGAGCAACGGUACUUCAAUGGUCACCGCCGAAGGCACCGUGUCAACCGAACAGACUGAGGAGCCACCCGUGGAAGAGAGGCCCCCUCUUGUGUCCUUGCACGCAUCUCACGUCCCGCCUACGUCCCCCGAAUCUCAAGUGCCCGAAGACGUGCCGAUGCCAACGUACUACAGCGACAUGGUUGCUAGAUAUGAGACGAAGAUUCUUUCUGCUUCACCAUUUGUUAAAUUUGCACAGCCUUAUCUGCUCAUGAAAGCUCGCGAGCAAGAACGACGUCUGGUUUACCUGAAACGAUUGAGAGAUCAGGACGUUAUAGAGGAACAGACAGAUGCCGAAAAGUCCAAGUCGCAAAAGUUCCAACUGAUCAAGCCCGAGAUGGUCCACGCGAUUGGACAGCAGGCCCCGCGGCAGAUCAUGGAAGUACUCCACGCCGUCCACGACGCUGAGUAUGACAAGGCGCUUUACAACUAUCAGACUCAGACAAGACAGUGGGAGAACUAUAUUCAGGGCAACCUGGAUCUCUUCGAUCCUUACUCGCAUCAGAACAUUGUUGUGCUGUACUCGGAAAUAUGCACAGAGACCAAGAUCCCAUGCUCGGAACCUGGGUUGAUCGCGAUCGGAUUCUAUGACGAGCAUGUCGAUGACAGCGGAAGCAUGGACCCUGACUGCACUUUGGGCCAGUACAUUGAAGAUCUCUGCCUCAACAAGGAUUCAAUAUGUACAGCAAAUGGCUGUGACCGGAAGAUGACUGAACAUCACCGUACAUACGUGCAUGAUGAGUCACGUGUCACCAUCUUCGUUGAGCCAGCGGCUCCCAAACAGCGCCGAUUAGUAGACGGUAUAUCCAUGUGGAGCUACUGCAAGAUUUGCAAAAAGGACUCUCCAGAAAUGGCCAUGUCGGACAGCACCUGGAAAUACUCCUUCGGAAAGUAUCUUGAGCUUCUCUUUUGGAGUAGGGGGCUGCGACUUCACGAUCAGACGGGCUGUGCCCACGACCAUCAUCGAGAUCACAUCCGCUACUUUCAGCACCGUGAUACGUGGAUCAGAAUUCACUACGAUCCCAUUGAUCUCCUCGAGAUCAUUGUACCCAGAGCUCGGAUCACAUGGAAGGUCGAGAAUGACUUGAAGCUCAAGAACGAGAUUUUUAAUAAAAUCGAAGAAAGAUGGGUGCGCUUCGUCAACUCCGUCAAACUUCGGAUCAAGAGCAUUCGCAUCGACAGUGUUCUCCCUGAGAAAGCAGAUGCUUGUAAGGCAGAAGUCGACAGGCUGGCCAAGAAAGCACAGGAGGACCAGAUAGCUUUGAUCCGCCGACUUCAGGAGACCUACGUUAACUCCAAGUACUACGAGGUUAUUCCCUUCAACGCAAUCGUCAGGGAGAUGCUGGAAAAAGCUGGCGACUGGGAUGCUGCAUUCUCCAAAUUCGAGAUCGAUUUCCUUCCUGACAAGGAUUUGCGGCAGCUGACAAUGAUUCAACUCAAGAAGAUUUUCACGGACAACGAGUCUCGAGAAUCGCUGCCUUCCACUGACGGCACGGCAUCGACCGUUGAUACUGGAGAGCCUCCCUCUCAGACGUUCUCGGAUGUUGAUGAGAAGGCUUCGACACAGCCUACGGAUGCGAGUGAACCCAGUGGUGAUGGAAACACAGAUGCAGCAAAAGCCGAAGAGCAAGGAGCAGAGGAGACGAAGGAGCAAGAACAGGAGUCGCUGGCAGAAAAGCAGCCUGAGAUCGAUUCAGUCACGACUUCUGCUCCUGCUGCUGUGCCAGAGGCAGGGGAGCAAAUGGAGCAGAAGGACAAAGAGAUUGCCACUGAGGAGUCUACGUCCGAAGACAGCAAGAUUAGCACACCUGCAGAAGUUGUGCUGGAGCGGGUAGAACCUCUCGACCUUGCCACACCUGGGUCGCCCAUCGUCAAACCGCCCUUCUCUAUCGCUAUAACCGAAGAGAGCGAACAAAUAUCAGGAUCUCCCAGCACGGCAGAACCGACCUCUCCCGGGUCCAGGCCCCCGCUCACGACUGUUUCGACUGGAAUAUCUCUGUCUGAAAAGGUUGAGCAGAUUCGUCGUGAGCAACAAGCCAUGGGCGCCGGAACGCCAUCAACGGAGGAGCCGGUCGAGGCACCGCCGAAACCGAACCCAGAGCGAGUUGUCGCCCGCAGGAACCCGAUGCUUAGAACUCUUUCACAACCUGCCUCGACACUGCCAAGAUCCCAGCCAAGCUUUGCGAAGUCAAUAGUGCCGAAGGAUGUCAGUGAUACCGCAACCGAAUCGUCUUUCAAGAUAGACAAGAAGCCGUUCGACCGCCUCACAUUGGGAAUGAAAAGCCAUAGGAAAGCUGGUCCCUCUUCGAUUCCUCGGCUGAUUACCAAGAAGAAGGAUUCACAUGUGUCGUCACAGGUGUCUAGAAUUGCCCGACACUUUGAACAAUUGAGCCGCGAGUUCGAGAAGGAGAGGCAACGCGAAGAUCGUCGCAAACGUCUGGCGAAGGGGACUCAACCUCGUGCGGGAUUGCCACGGUCUGCAACUAAGGCCAUUGUCGAAGUCUACCACAACAUCGACAAUGCUGUCCAGGAGCCUGGGCCUUCGACAACUGAUCACAAUAACGACAUCAAGAUUCUUGAGCCUAAGACGGCACCUGUUACUCCAGCACCCAACACGGUCCACACUGAGCCGACACCUGAACCACCGGCCGAAGAGGCACAACCUGCGCCAGAAGUCGCCCCUCCGUCGGAAGAGCAACACGUGGGUGGCGAAACCGACGAUACUGCAACUGUCACGGCCAGUCACGGUGGUUCUGAUGACGAAGGGCAGAGUGAUACUGAACAGUCAAUUCUAGACGACUUGCUGCCCGAUGUCAAAGAAUUAGCCGACUCCCUGGAGCCAAGCACGGAAAUCCCUCUCGAACUGCCAAAACACCAGAAGACCAGUCUCAUGAAGAUGCUUACGAAUUUCUGGGCUGAAAGAUCGGCAAGCGGUUGGCCUCAGCUUGAUUAUCCAGUCAACGCAAGCGAUCAUAUUUUCCUAGACUCCGAUGUCAUUGUAAGAGAGGACGAACCAAGUUCUGUCAUUGCGUUCGCUCUAAGCUCAGAUGACUACCGCACUAAAUUGGCCGAUAUUCGUCGACAAGAACGUAUCGCAAUCCAGAGAGACUACGAGGCUUCUAACAUGGAUGGCAAGUCAUCAGGCAUGUCGGACACUGGCGGUGAAUUCGUCAUGGAAGAGGGCGAGUUGGAGAAGAGCCUACUCAGGGCCACGGGAACCCAUCUCAAAUACCAAUUCAAGGAAGGGUCCGCAACAAUGCUCUGCAAGAUCUUCUACGCGGAGCAGUUCGACGCAUUGCGUAGAAAGUGUGGUGUUGCGGAUCGCAUCGUCGAAUCCCUCUCUCGUUGCCUGAAGUGGGACUCGAAGGGAGGCAAGACCAAGUCGGUAUUUCUCAAGACUCUCGACGACCGCCUCGUGCUGAAGGGGCUGUCUCCCAUUGAGACAUCCGCCUUCCUCAGAUUCGCGCCAGCUUACUUCGGCAUCAUGGCAGAGGCUCUCUUCCACGAUCUACCCUCCGUGAUCGCAAAGAUGCUGGGAUUUUUUCAACUCAUCAUCAAGAACCCUGUCACAGGUAUCGAGAUCAAGCUGGAUCUGCUGCUCAUGGAAAAUUUGUUUUACGAUCGCGGCCCAACUCGUCUUUUCGAUCUGAAAGGCUCCAUGCGAAACCGAAAGAUUCAGUCUACAGGCGAACAGAACGAAGUCCUUUUGGACGAAAACAUGGUAGAAUUCAUAUACGAGUCCCCCUUGUUUGCGCGAGAGCAUUCCAAGAAACUCCUAAGAGCAUCGGUCUGGAAUGACACUCUGUUCCUUGCACGCCAGAACGUUAUGGACUAUUCGUUGAUGAUUGCAGUCGACGAGGCUAAGAGAGAGCUAGUCGUCGGCAUCAUCGAUUGCAUUCGUACGUAUACAUGGGACAAGAAACUCGAAAGUUGGAUCAAGGACCGUGGGUUCGCGGGUGGGGGCAGAAAUCGCCCGACAGUCACCAGCCCAAAGGAGUACAAGUCUCGCUUCCGAGAGGCUAUGGCUAGAUACAUUCUUCAGGCUCCAAACUGCUGGCAUCAAUUUGGCGCGCCUCAGAUGGCCAACACCAUGAGGCCGCGUUUUGAAUCUGAUGUCAAGCUUGAGUGA